AUGGAUUUGAUCCUUCCGGGGAUAACCUUAAUAAUCUCUGCGUCUUAUUGUUUUAACCAUGGCAGGUUUUCUAGUCUUAUGAACCUACUUCAAAUCAAUGAGAAGGAGAUAACCGUUAAGGAUUCUACUUAUAGCGGCUACGAAGAACACGUUUACACACCGAAAAGCGGAGUACAAAUAACUAAAAUUACCGAUGGAGCUAAUGUUAUAUGGGAAGAUAAACAAAAAUUGACGCAAUGCCUAUCGGCAUCCACCAUUACAAAAAAAUUUUUAAUCCAUCUCAUACAUUUAGUCAUAAAAGUUACUUCCAAGAAGAAAAAUGAGAUUUAUUAUAAGAGGUUGGAUGGAAAAUUUGUUUCUAUAUCUCAGCAAGAGUAUGAUUUAUUAAGAUUGGACCCUAGUCAACUGAACGAUUCAUCAGUUCAUUUUGACAUAGCUUCGAAAUCUUUAAAUGAACACGUUUUUAAGUCGGUGAUUAAGUAUCACGACGGAGUACCCACGUUGUUGGUGGAGACGAUUCCUCCAUAUAAGCUUGUGUCAGUCUAUGACGACUUUAGGCCUAUUUGGGUGAAUAGGUCCUCAAUGUCGUACGUUGAGAAUAUUAUCGCAUAUUUCUUCUUCGCAAGGUACCACCUGGUGAUGUUGAAGUUAAAAACGAAUGAGGAGAGCAAAUUCAUCAACUUCAUGUACAAAGAUGGAAUCUGGAAUGAAGUUGAGUACUACACAUUCAUGAAUAAAUUUUUGAGGUUGAAGCAUCACGUGCCGAUAUCAGGCUACCUGGAGUUUAACAUUUUAAAAUUGCCCGAAGAGGAAGGGUUUUUAAUUGAGACCGACGAGAAGUUCGGCAUUGAGCUGACGACAUACACUCCCAGACGAGGAUAUAUAUUGAACACUGUCCUCAAGGGCGAGAACAUACUCUGGGAUUCAGCAAAUGAAAGAUGCAUUUCAGUAAUAUUGCUUAAGAAACAGGGAGUUAUAUAUGGAAUUAACUUGACGUUAAUGGAUAACCACGACGAGAGAUCGACGCUAAAUUUCAUCUACGAAGAUAGCGUUUACAGGACUGUUUCCGAUGAGGACUUUAGGAAAUUUAAUACAAAACUGGUAGACCCAAAUGAGUUUAGAAAAUAUCAGCAGGAAAAACAGAGAGCUGAUCAGGAAGAUGCAGAGGUCUCUGAAGAGGAAGCUGAAGUAAUCAUUGAGGAGCCAGACUCGGCCGACGGCCCAGACUCGAGCGACGCAGCUGAUUAUAAAGAAUACACGGAGUACACUGUGGAAGAAGAACCGCCAAUUCAGCCUCAACAGGCACAUUUCACACGUUCAGAAGCUCAGCCGGAGGAGGAGCGUCGCGAGGAAGGCAGUCCAGAGCCUGACCCCGAGGAGGUGAGGCGUGAGAGACCUCAGCCAGAAUGUCCACCAGAACACGAAAGACACCAGGAACCUCGUCCAGGCCCUCAGCCAGAACAGGUGAGACGCCAGAAACCCCGGCCAGAGCCUGAACCAGGAGCUCCAGAGGAGGACUCUGAACCGCAGGCACUCGACAUAAGCGACCACAACACCAGAGUCUUCCUGAGAAACAGCUUUAAACUCGAAGAGGUCGACACGUACGAAUUUCUGUGCACUAAAAAGGUACACGUCCCCUCAAUCACGGACGGCUCGAUGCUGAUCUGGGAUAACAAAAAGUCGGACAAAUUCAGCAAACUAUACGUUCAUCACAGAAAAGACCUUUCGCAACUGAUAAAGCUGGUCACGCAGGUUAGAACUGGAGACGCGAUACACUUUUUCAAGAGGCACAGCGCAAAUUUUGAGACCAUUGACAACACGGAAUAUGACGCAUUAUUCGAAAAGAUGAGAGCGAGUUACAACCUUCUGGACAGCUCAAUUCUACUCAACCUGAACAAAACGCCCAAGGAACAAUUUUUCGACUAUUAUGUCGAAUACGACGACGGAGUACACGUAACGAAGUUCAUAACUAAGUCGCUCUUUAAGCUGGCAAGGAUACUGGACGGCCACAACAUGCUGUGGCAGGGCCUGGCAAACGAAAAGUGCUCGUGCAUAACGAGAAAUAAGUUUUACAAGGGCUCAGAGUUGAUCGUUUUGAACAUUUCGGCGCUGACUAAUUUGUCGACGGCUAAGUUCUUCAAAAAGCUCGAUGGAGCCUUCUCUGAGAUAAACCAGGUUGACUACAAGACGGAGUACAACAGGUUGAAGGAGUCUAUACCCUUUGUCUCCAAUGUGACUCUGAACCUUAGUGCAAACGUUAAUGAGUCGAAUUUCCUCUACAUUGAAACCACCGAGGGUAAGUUCACCCACGGGAAAUACUUCCCAAAGUCGGGAUAUGUCUUGAACAAGGUGAGCUACGGCUCUAACAUUUUGUGGUCAUCGACCAGAAAUCGCUGCAAGAAGGUCUCGCUGCUGAAGGGGAACAAGUCAGAAAAAAUGGUGAGCAUAUCGAUAGUCAGCAACACAACUCCAGAGUUGUACUUCAAUUUCGUCAACGGGAAGUUCGUGAAGCUGAGGAACUUCAUAGAGUACGACUUCACGCUCAAGGAGUACAACAAGUCGGACUCCGACGAGGACCAGUGUGCCUUCUGCAGGACGCAGCUACAGAGGCGCUACACAAUCCUGGAUAACGUUAACAAGAUAUACUUGAACAUCAACGUCGACGACCCGAACGUUUACACGUGCUUCGUUAACGGGCUGGUCAUGAAUAAAAUGUUCGCACCCAAAGACGGCUACGUCUUUACAGAUAUCACCGACGUAAAUGUGUUUCUGUUCAGGUCAAAGUCGGAUUCUGUAUUGUGUGUUUUCAUUCAUGUGUUCUAUGGGACCAAUGGGCCUCAGUUGGUCAAGUACCGCACGUUAGGUAUAGACGAGUCUGGACCGGGGUCGCUAUACUACCUGGAGAUCCUAGACCUCAACGUUAAAACCAUAGGAGCGGACGAGUUUACUUCGAAGCUGGCUGAGCUUGAAAGGGAGUUGGACAGGCUGAAGGAGAGCCAGAACAAAAAAUUGCCGCUUGACGUAUCGUCAGGAAACGCCGAGUCGGUGGAAAAGACCGGUAAAUUCAAGGGACUCGAAUACAAAGAGUUCAGAGCGAACGAGGGCUACUUCUUCAGUAAAAUUAUAUUUUCUGAGGAUCUGGUCUACUCGCUCGACGUGGAUGAAGACUGCGCGGUCGUUCGCUCUUACUUCUUCGCAGACUUGGUGGUUCUGGCAGAGCUGGACUUCGUCAUCCCAGAUUCGAGGAACAGUAAGGUGUUUUUGUACAGAUUCUCCAACGACUUCAUCACGAUGGAUUUGGACGGCUUUAACAACCUGCUGGGCUCCAUUGCAGUUCUCGUGUCCAAGUGCGUUGCCCUGGAACUGGCAGACUUCAACUCCAAGAACACGUUUGAGGCUGAGACAACUGAGGCGGUUGGCGAGUCGAGUUUAAAGCAGAAGUUGUUUUCAUCCAAAGAAAAGUUUUUCACGUCAAUAACCGCCAACGAGUCCACGGUUUGGAAGGCGAACUCGGAUCUGUUCCUGGCCCGAGAGGUGAGCGUGUAUUACGACGACGAUCACCCUUAUCUCCUGAAGAUUCUCCUCCAGAACCUCGACCACGAUGAAACAAACAUGUUCUUCGCCUUUCUCCGUAAAAAAUGGACUGAAAUUAACUACACGGAGUUCAUGAAUAAGAUCAACAGGGAGGCCGGAGACGCUCAGGAUGAGGACGAUGAUUCGGACCUUGACCUGUACGACGUCGACAUCACGAAUAACAUUAACCCUGAGCACGUUAACUAUAACACGGGCAGGGCCAAUGGCGUGUUGUUCAUUGAAGUGUCGCUGAAGGACGCCUCCUCCGGAAUCAGGUCGGUCUCGGACAAGGGCAACCUGAUGUGGGAGUCCCCCAGCCAGGGCUUAGCUUGCAAAAUCGCCCUCGUCUACUACUUCGAAAACGUCCCGCAGCUGCUGAAGCUGACCCUCUUUUCGGAGUCGCACCUGCACAAGCACGUUUCGAACGGGUACUGGCUUGAAAUCGACGAGGACAUUUUCUCCAGGAAGCUCGCGUCGUUUGAAUCGCUAUCCAAGGUGUCCACUGAGCCUGAGCCCACGAGGAAGGUGCUUUGCAAGCUUGACACUGCCAGGAUUGACACAACUCUGGUUCGACUGUCGACGAGCACUUUGAACAAGCUGACCUUCAACCAGUACAAGCCGCUUUCCGGCGGCUCCUUCAUCGAGGUUUUCGACGGCACCUUGAUUUGGAGGACUGACUCUGACCAGGUUUGCAACCUCGUCCGUAUCUACUUCUCCAACGAGGCCCGCGUGCUCGCGAAGCUCUUCCUGUCGACCGACUUGGGCGUCGACAGUUAUUUGUACUUCAACAACUCCGGUGGCACUUGGACCCCUAUAUCCUCUCAGGAUUUUGAGUCUACCUUGGAUGAGCUGGAUCGCAACUUUGUCGAGGAGCAGCCGACCGAUGUUCCCGACUUUGAUUUGGAGGACGCCUUCUCAGACAUUGAGCAGGAAGAGGCUCCUAAUUUAGGCACUGAACAGGAAGAUAUAUCUUUCGAUGAAUUCAUUCAACCCGAUCAGUCUUUCAAUUUGGGCACUGAACAGGAAGAUUUAUUCGCCGAAGACUUCAUUAAACCCGAACACUAUACCAAUUUAGGUACUGAACAGGACGAGGUAUCCCCCGAAGACUUCAUUAAACCCGAACAGUCUUCUAAUUUGGGUACUCAACGGGAAGAACCCCCCUCCGAACCUGUUGAGGUCGAGGCGGAGGACGAAUCUGAGAUUCACAUUCUCGAGGCUGAAGUCAAUAACUUGGACCCCAAGUACUUUUCAGUUGAAAAGGGCACCUGCAGGAGCGUUCCCUUCACCAAGAUUCGCGCAAAAUCCUACAAUCUUAUCAGCGAGAUCAAGGACGGCGACACCACCGUCUGGGUUAAGAACGACAAGUACUUUUGCACCCACGCUAAACUAUUCAGUGAAAACGGGCAGGCUAAGCUUGCUGAGAUCAUCGUAAAAUCUGUUACGUCCAAGAUGCGGUUUUUAGUAAAGACUUCUGAGGGCUGGCGUUCCGUCGACGAGGACGAUUUUAAUAAGCGUUACUCUUCGCUUAGUGAUAAGUGCAGUAGCUCCACUUGCUAG